GGUCACUCUGGUCUAUUAUCAGACUCGCCACUGCUUUCCCGUUUCCCGCCAUUCUCUCUCUCUUCUCCUUGUUCCCGCCGUCCAUCUUCUUCGUGUUCAUCGGUUUCACGAUGUUGUGGGUAGACAAAUACCGUCCCAAAAACCUAGACAAGGUUUUAGUUCACGAAGAAAUUGCCGAAAAUCUUAAAAAACUGGUAACUGAGCAAGAUUGUCCACAUUUGCUGUUUUAUGGACCUCCUGGUUCCGGCAAGAAAACCCUAAUUAUGGCCCUUCUUAGGGAGAUGUUUGGACCUAGUGCUGAAAAGGUUAGGGUGGAGAACAAGGGAUGGAAGGUUGAUGCUGGGACUAGAACAAUUGAAAUCGAACUGACUACCCUAUCUAGCACACAUCACGUGGAGCUGAAUCCAAGUGAUGCAGGAUUUCAGGAUAGAUAUAUUGUUCAAGAGAUAAUUAAGGAGAUGGCUAGGAAUCGGCCAAUCGAUACUAAAGGAAAGCGAGGUUUCAAGGUCCUUGUGCUUAAUGAAGUUGAUAAACUCUCCAAAGAAGCUCAGCAUUCAUUGCGAAGAACUAUGGAGAAGUAUAGCUCAUCCUGUCGGCUCAUUCUGUGCUGCAACAGCUCUUCAAAGGUUACUGAAGCAGUUCGAUCUCGCUGUCUCAAUGUGCGAGUAAAUGCACCCAAUAACGACGAGAUUGUCAAGGUACUGGAAUUUAUUGGGAAGAAAGAGAACUUGCAACUCCCUCCUGGGUUUUCUGCUCGUGUGGCUGUGAAAUCCAAUAGGAGCCUAAGAAGAGCAAUACUACUAUUUGAGGCUUGCCGUGUCCAACAGUAUCCCUUUACGAAUACCCAGGCUAUACCCCCUAUGGACUGGGAGGAAUAUGUCACUGAGAUAGCAUCUGAUAUCAUGAAGGAGCAGAGCCCUAAAAGGCUCUUCCAAGUUCGAGGGAAGUUCUAUGAGCUACUCGUUAACUGUAUACCUCCAGAAAUUGUACUGAAGAGGCUUCUUUCUGAGUUACUGAAGAAACUAGAUGCAGAAUUGAAGCAUGAAGUUUGCCAUUGGGCUGCCUAUUAUGAGCACCGGAUGCGUCUUGGGCAGAAAGCCAUAUUCCAUCUUGAAGCGUUUGUGGCCAAGUUUAUGAGCAUUUACAAGGGUUUCCUUAUUGCAACUUUUGGGUGAAGCCCAAACUGGGUUUCUCUGGUUAUCUGUGCUCCUAUGUAUGCAACAAAUUGCGACAGCUAGCUGAAGUUUUUGCCCGCCUACUGGUCUGAAAUCGCCCUCCUAUGAAGACUGUAAACCUUCUAUUUUCCUGUUUCUCACCCUGUUAUUGCGGCUGUUUUGUGAGAAAAGGAAAAAGAAUAGUGUGCUCCUAUUAAUGCAACAAAUUAGAUGAUAAUGUAUAUUUGUAGCAUAUUUUGGCGGUAGUUUGGUCUGCGGAUCAUAUGAAACAUGGCAGCCGUUUGCAAAUUUCAUAUCUUUGUUAAACGCAUUGGCACUGUUUAAAUGAAGGCUUAUUCAUCGGCUACCAAAAA